GUCAGUGUUGGAUGCUGCCGUUGCUUCAGCAGCUGGAUGUGCAGGACUUGUCAGUGUCUUGGAGAAUAGGACUGAUUUGUGUGUUUGUAUUGUAUUUUUGCUUGUUGAAUCUAUGUGUGUGUGUGUGAUAGCUUCAGAGCUAGGGUGUAUUAGUUUAGUAGGAAUGGUGUCAGUGGGUCUUUAGCAUACACUGUAUCGUACUGUGUGUGUGUGUGAGUGUGUCAGCAGGACUGAAUCAGCAGGAACUGUCUGGCCACAGGGACUCAGGAGCGCGGUAUUGACUUUGACUCAGGGUGUGUUUUCAUGCUGGAGAGCGAGGGACUGUGGGAAGAUCUCAAGAGAAGGAAAACAGAUGUAACGUUACAGGACGACGAGAUGACCGACCCCCUUUAGGGGCUUCAGGACUGCCCCAAAAUGGGAAACAGCAUCCAGAAGAAGAAGAAAGUCCAGACAGAGAAAAACUCUGCACACCCAUCCCCGAGCCCCAGCCGGCAAACACCUAAAGCCUCCUGGCUGUUUGGACGUCCAGACAAACUGAAGACAGCUGGCCCGAAGGGGAAUGAAGACCAGAAGAGGUUGGCUGUCCACUACACGACCUCUCAGCACUACCAGGAGAAUGUUUUCAUCGAGGGCAGCAGGCCACAGUACCUGGAGGACCUGCACACUGAGGCCCAGGAAGGGCUCAAGAUACUGCAGCAAGAAGAACACAAGAAUGGAGUGAACUUUCCUGAUGAUGAGAGCAUUGCUUCCACAGACACUCUGCGUCCGGAGCAGGAUAUCAGCUCCAAGGACAGAGGUGGAUCUCCGGAGUGGAGAUCCACCGCCGGGAGUACUGAUACCACAGUAACCUCUGCUGUGUCAACUAGGCCUGUGCUCACCCGCCAAGGUUCUACAUUCAAGCCUCUGAAUCCAGUAAAAAGAUUAGAUAAGGGCAGGAAGAGGAGCAGGAGGACCACCAUCAUGGGUAUUCCAAACCAGGUGCAGAAAGAGCUUGCAUUGCACAGAAGCUCAACGUUCCAGCAACUUGUUUCUACCCAGCCCCCUAAUCCCGAUGGACAACCCAGAAACAGCCAAUCAGGUGUUGUUAUCAUUCCUACGGUUGAUGGAGGGACUCCAGUAGAGAAUAAAGAAGGUGCGAGGGUGCACCUUUCAGAGCUGGAGCAGGCAUCCAGAGAUGAACAGUUGCUGAGGAAGCACCUCCAGGCAGUGUACCAAGACGAGCAGCCCUUCAACCAACAGAGCUUUGGCUCCCAUCUCUGCCCCUCAACCCUGAGACCCAAGUCUGUUGCUGUACCUGGCAUGACCACUUCCUCCUCCUUCUCUCCCUCAACGUUGUUUAGCUUCCUCCAGGAACCCCAGGGCCCAGUAAUGUCCAUAUCUCCUCAGGCCACCUACUUGUCUACAAUCAUUCCUAAUGCGGUCUUGCCAGCCUCAGUUGAAGUCAUAGAGAUUGACCGCAGCAGCAGCCGGACACGAGGCAGCAGUGUAAACCAUGGCAGUAGUGUCCGGACUGUAAGCAAAAGCAGCCUGGCAUCUGGGGACUCAUCAGUCAGCCCUUUGCUGUCCAGAAGAUCAGAUGGUGAUGGUUCCCAGACUGACAAUUCCCACACCUCCACACUGAUGACCACAUCAACUUCAGGGUCAAACUGGAGCGAGUCACAGUCUUCAAAAACCAUUAUUUCAGACUCCUCCCCUGAAUCCUCCAAGCGUAGCACACGUAGUGGUAACUCACAGAGAGUGCGUCUAAAUGGGCAGGAAAGCCAGACAGAGCAGUCUAAUGGGGACCAAGACCUUGUCAGUCUCCGUAGCUCAGUUAGCACCAUUAGCAGCCCCAGCUGUAAAAAUGAAAUUGUUGCGGGUCAAGGAUCUGAGUCUGUUGUUUCAGGAUCAGUUGCUGCUGGGGAGGAUGCACAGACUAAACAGAGUUUCACUCGUAGCCUAUCGGUUAUGAAGACCAAGCAACCCCCAGCACCUCCACGGAGAACAAACUCUCUGCAUACUAAUAAGAUCAGGGGCAACACCAGGGUUCUGGUCGGGAGCACAGAUCUCAGUGACUCUGUGUCUGGAGAGGUGGCAAAUGCCACAGAAAAUAUUGUAGCAAAGGAUGAGAAAAAAUCAGUUACUGCUGAUACCAUUAAGAUCCCCACCACUGUACCGAACACCACUGGGUCCAGCUCUUCAGAUGCUUCCUCUAGUUCUUUGAGCCCCACACAGGUUUCUUCCGAUGAAGUUGGAGGAGCAACAGAAUCCAGCAGCUCCUCCCCACAGAAAACGCCCUUAGAAGGGGGUAAAUUUGAACGUACCAUGUCCCCUUCCAGUGGCUACUCCAGUCAGAGUGGCACUCCGACACUUUCUCCAAAAGGGAUCUCUCCAACCUCCCCUGACAAACAGAAGAAGAAACCAAUCAAACCAGAGAGAUCAGUGUCUCGGGCCUCAUCCUCAGCAGCUUCUCCUUCUUCCUCUCUUACCUCUCUAUCAUCCAGUACAUCUGAGCCUGUAAAUCCAGAUGUCUCCACAUGUAGCCACAGUCUGCCUCCACAGGGAUUUCCACCCACUGUUGCUGAAAAAGACUUCACUCCACAUAAAGAUUCUUCCACUUUGAGCACUGAAGUCAGAGAACUGUUUAAUAUCCCUCCACCUCCUAAAGUCAAAGCACCAUGUCCUCCUCCUCCAGAGACAUGGGCUCACAACAGACGCUCCUUUGAGCUCCUGUGUGGACCUUGCCCUAAUGUCAGCAAAGUAACCCAGAAACCAGCACAGAUACAGGACAGCACACUUAAACAAGCAGAAACCCAGACUGAAGCCCUCAAGGAGAUGGAAGUUUCAGUUGAAAAACAAUCAACUAUGGACACAUCUAUCUUGAAACUGUCAGAAAGGAAAGCAGAGCCUGAGACAUUGUUAGCAACGGGUACUGAAGGUGUUUGCAACGAGCUGGAGAAUAGAGAAUGUCCGGGUACCACCCAAGAGAAGAUGGAGGCAAGUGCAAAUGUUCAGAAGCAAGAGCAAAGUAGCGGCCUUGUAGAGAAAGACCCCGUAAAUCAAGAGACAACUCCAAAGAAAGAUCCCCCUCCUGUCAUGAAGAAACCCAAGACAGUACUGCACAGAGAGGAACCAGACAGACAGCAGAGGAAAAUGAGCAGCAGUGCCACGAUAGAUGUUCAGUCACCUGUUGAGAACUAUAAAACUUCCCCACAGAAUGGGGUUAUAAUUUUAGUCGAUAAGAGUGAGAAGGAGAUGGACAAAAGUGAGGUCACAUCCAGGCAGACGCUUUCUGUAGAGGUCCCCAAAAUUGUUAAGGCCUCGCCACCACCUACCCCUCCUCCAGCAUACCACCCUACACCUCCUCUGUCAAGAAAGACACCUCCUUCGUCGGUAUCUGUGCCACCAGAUGAGUUACAGAGGGUACAGGAGGAGAUCCAUGCUGUAGAGUCCUGCUGGCCACCUCCUCCACCUCCUAUGGAAGGGGACUCUGUAUUUGAUGGAGGAGAUGAGGUUGACUUUCCUCCACCUCCUCCACCCUUUGUGACAGACAAUGUGCCAAAUGUGAUGGACAGUUGUAUCACAGAGCUGGAUGUCUCAAAAAGACCCACAGAGGACGCUGAAGAUACCACUGAGGAUUCAAGUGAAGCCCAGACACCUGUACAUGAUCAAAUUCCAGAUUUGACCCUUACUGGUCCACAAACAGUAUCUGACACCAAACCAGAGGUUGUCGUGCAAGAUUCAGAAGCUAACAACAGCCAUGAGAUUUCUUGUAGACCAGUGCAAAAUGUUUCAUCGCUUUCUGAUAGUGUCCCACCUACACCAGUGGAGGCACCUCCUUUGCUACCUAUUACAAGAGCAGAGAACCCAGCAUCAGUCUCUGCUUUAGAUCCUCCCAGCAGCCUCCUGAGGCGAGACUCUCUGAAAAUUGAAGAUCAGUCUCCCUCCGAGCCUCCUGUGAGUGCCCAACCUCCAAUUACUGUGCCUGUAGCACCCCCUUUACCAGCAGACAGUUUAACCCAUGGGGUUAACUUCCGAAGGCAGCCCAGUGUAGCAAAUCGAGAGGCCAGGAGCAAGGAGCUCCUUUCUCGCCACAAAAGUGCACCCAUUCCCAAAGAAGAUGCUAACAUACCUCUAGUCACCCCCUCCCUGCUUCAGAUGGUUCGUCUCAGAUCAGUUAAUAUGACUGAAGAUCAGGUGAAAACUCCACUGGAGGACAAGUCAACAAACCAGGGAGUGCCAGUUCAGGAGAGUUGCCCAGUCUCAAUCCCAGGACCUCAAAACACUCCCCAGAAGCCCAUUCGCAAGUCCCUGUCACUAAAAUCUCCUCCUCAGACAGUAAAAUCUUCCUCUGUGACACUAAACACCCCUUCCAUGCGCUUACAAGAAGCCAUACGGAUGAAAACUGCAGCCAUGUCUUCAAGAGAUGGUCUUCCAUCCCGACUGGGUGUGAGAUCAUCUACUUUCAACUGUGUCAAUGAACAGGGGGCUCUGUCCCUGAAAUCGAUUGAAGGAUGUGACAUGCACAAGUCCCCUGCCUCUACAGCCAGCUUUAUCUUUUCCAGGAGCACAAAAAAGGUUGUCAUAGAGACUACAGCUGCCUCCUCCCUCGAAGCUCAGGCAAGUCUGAAGCAAUGCUUAGCGGCUGAGCUCAUGCAGGUGUCUGACCAAUCAAAGCUUGCCGCUUUCUCUAAUGGUGGGGUGAAGCCUGACAAAGUUCCUCCACCAGUAGCUAAGAAACCAGCCCACGGGAGCAUCAGUCCUUCACAGAAUCUUCCUGCUUGUUCAGCAAAGAUAGACUUCAGUGUUGAAGGAAACGGAGCAAUAGAAGUACAACAUAUGAGUGGAAUCACACCUCCUGAGACAACAACUACAAGAGUGACAGCAGACACAAUUGAAACACUGUUUUGAAAGAGUGUCGUGGUGAUUAACUGAGGACCAUGCCAGGGGGACAAGCAAAGACUACAAGCAAGUAAAAGGGCAACCCACAGCAAGGACUGAUGUUACUGAGAGACGUGCGAGUUACUCAACUAUCAGCGUUGUGCGUGUUAAGUCUUCUCCAAAAGCCUUAGCCUGUAAUGGCCUUCCUACAUAUUUAUGCAAAAAAAAUGUGUCGCUCCCAAUUUCUUAUGAUAGCUUUAUUCUGGAGUAUUUUUCUAAGCUAUAGUUUUUCUCUUAUUAAGGCCCCUCAGGAUGAAAUGGUGUACAUUGGCUGAACUGUAAAUAUUUGGCUUGUGUGAGAUGGCCUCCCAGAGGUGGAAUUAGGUAGUGGUCACUGCAGCUCAGAGAAAAGGGUUUGUCUUUGCAAAACAUUUCUGUACAGAAGCUAACUGUCUGUUUAGUCUUUUUUUCCCUGUUGUAAUAUAAUACUUUUCAUGGGGAUACAAGCAGUGGUCAGAAAAAGCUGACAAUGGCAUCCACGACAGGUCAAAUCAGUAUUUUAUCGCAUAUUUUAUCGCUUUCUUUGCUGAGUGAUCUGAGUAAAAACAAAUUGUCACACCCAGUUUCAGUGCUGCUUUUCAUUAUGGACAGAUGUAACAGGGAUAGUAUUUGAGAAAAAGGGAUGCUGCAUUCUCACAAGAAUGAGAGGAAGAUAAUUUGUCGAUUAGGACAGAGGCACUUUUGUAAGUUACAGAUGAUAAACCAUUUAGACUUAUUACAGAAAAGCAUCUGAUUACAGUUACUGCUAACAUGUCAAUUAGAUGCUUCUACAUAAUCUGCACAAUCUUCUUGGGUUUAGUAACCCAACAUAAAUAGCAGCCCAACAAAAUCUGAGAAAUGUUUUAGGAAAACAGUAACACAAGUAUCCUAUUUAUUUAUAUGUGGUUGUUUCCACAAGUAGCACUGUCAGUCACCUUUUCCUACCAAAUCUGAAAUAUUUAAGAAUCUAUUUCAUCUGAAAACCACUUUUAGGGCUAUGGUUGUGACGAUUGGCCCUGGAUGAUUGAUACACUGGAGUAGACUUAGUGUGAGGUCAGUGUUUUUAUUAAAUGUUCUUUAUCUAAAACUUUGGCCCAAGCCUUUUUGCUGGAAAAUCCAGCUUAUCACUAUUUGCACAAAAUGCUUUCCCCUAUUAAAAUCAUUGGUGAGUGAAUUACACAGACUCUUCGUAAUGGGUAAAAAAAUCAAAAUCUUAAUGAUUAUAAAGAAUUAUGUACAGUUAUUACUUCUAUAAAUAAAGUUUAAGUGUAUUGAAAAUGCGGCUCCCUGCUUUUUGUCUUAAAAGGUGUGGUACAGACAGACACCCAAAUGUAGUUACUACCACAAAUAUAUUUCAUUUCUGCAAGCCACAGAAUUCAAUGUUUAUUUCAGAUUGGAGAUGAUGCAUUAUUUGAUUAUAUGACAGUUAAUGUCCAGAUAUCAAUAUCUGUACAACACCACCCCCGAUGCAACCAUCCCAUGUCUUCCAGUAAAUUACAUAUUGAGUGUUAUAUACAUCUGAUAAAACCAUUCUUAUUAAUUAGGUUUGGGAUACUGACCAUUGACCUGACAUUUA